CGGUCACCGGUCACCGACUGAAGCUCAGCAGGCGUCGGCAAGCACAUGCCGAGAGCCUGAACACUAUAUCCUUCCUGCCUAGACCCAUCCAUGUCCCGAUCGCCGUCAGAGGAAGAUCCCAAAAAUUCUCCGCGCAACUCCAUCGUCAUCGAAUAUGACGGUGCUCGGACAUCGAUGGCAGUAUAUACAUGCGAACUCUGAUCCUAGGGAAUUCCAAUCGCUGUCGAGAGUGCCAGCAGCAGCUUCACUGAGAAGACAAGAAGCAGGUCAUUCGAUUGCCCUCAUCUGCUCCAAAGUCCUUAUACGCAAGGAUGUCAUUCGCGGGACAAGAUGGACUGAUCUCGCACGGACCGCCGCCCCGGGGUAAUGCUAAGACCGAUCAGCUGGAGCAAAGUACAUGGCGAGCACCUCGUGACGGUACAGUGCACGGCACGGUCUUCAACAAUGCGCCUGCGGACAACAUCGACACGUCCAUGAAAGCAGGCUUUCGUGGCCCCGUCACGAUCGCCGACAACGUUGCAAGAGAGCGCAUCUCCAACUUUGACCACGAGCGUAUUCCGGAGAGAGUCAUCCAUGCCCGGGGCACGGGACUGCACGGCUUCUUCAAGCUGCACACGAGCAUGGAGGAUGUCACUUGUGCAAAAGUCUUGACCGAAGUCGGCAAAGAGACGCCCAUGUUUGUCCGCUUUUCGACCGUCCUGGGAUCAGCCGGUGCAGCAGAGACCGCGAGAGAGGUCAGAGGCUUCUCAACGCGAUUCUACACCGAUCAGGGCAAUUGGGACAUCGUCGGAAAUAAUAUUCCGAUUUUCUUCAUCAACGAUGGUGUCAAAUUUGUCGACCUAAUCCACGCAGGCAAGCCAGAGCCUGGAACACACAUUCCACAGGCCCAAACAGCCCAUGACAAUUUCUGGGACUAUAUCUCGCUCACACCAGAAUCAUCGCAUAUGAUCGCGUGGAUCUUGUCAGACUAUACGAUCCCUCGAUCGUACCGUCACAUGCGAGGUGCCGGCGUCAACACGUUCACUCUCGUCAAUGCUGCCGGCAAGAGCUGCUUCGUCAAGUUCCACUGGAAGCCCCAUCUCGGUACCCACAGCCUUACCUGGGACGAAGCAUGGAAGCUUGGUGGUGUAGAUCCAGACUAUCUGCGCAGAGACCUGGCAGAAGCCAUCACCGCUAUCGAUAGUCAAGGUGCAGAGCCGCCCAUGUGGGAGCUCGGUCUUCAGAUCUUGCAAGAGGAGAACGAGCGCGACUUUGACUUUGACAUCCUAGACUGCACGAAGCUUUGGCCCGAGGAGCUUGUGCCGAUCAAAUACGUCGGUACGAUGACGCUCAAUAGACUGCCAACGAAUUACUUCGAGGAGACUGAAAAGGUUGCUUUCGGAACCUCGAACGUCGUCCCUGGAAUAGGAUUCAGCAACGAUCCGAUGCUGGCCUUCCGUAACUUCUCGUAUCACGACACUCAAUUGAUCAGGCUAGGCGGACCGAACUUCAACCAGAUUCCGAUCAACAAAUCACUUUGUCCUUUCAUCACGACAGCUCGCGAUGGCCACGGCGCGAACCAGAUCCGCGCCAUGCCCAACUACCAUCCGAAUCGAUUCGAUCUGCCCAAAGUCGGUCAGCAAGAUGGUCGCAACUUUGUGGAUGACAGCACGACUGUCGAUGAUCUCAAGAAGCUUCACAAUCCGAACGCGCUCACUUAUCCUCCUACUGAGGUCAAAGGCGCUCACGCCCGUCAGCGCCCCCGAUCGUUCGAGAAUUCCUAUAAUCAAGCUGCUCUCUUUUACAAUUCACUGAGCCCGAGUGAAAAGACUCGCUUGAUCGCCACAGCUCAUCACGAGCUCGGACGUUGCGAUGUUCGGAUCGUUCAAGAGCGCAUGAUCGCCCGCUUCAACGAGAUUGAUCACGAUCUAGCUGUCGAGGUCGCAGCUGGCUUUGGCAUCGAGGUUCCUGCAAGCAAGGGCAACGCCGCCAAAGGCAGAACGACUACUGGCUCGCUCCCCAUUUCGAUGCUUGAUUCCAACAAUACGUUUACAGCGAAGGGCCGCAAGAUCGCUAUGUUCUGCCUCGAUGGCUACGAUGGCUUGCAAGCAAAGGCGAUGAUGACUGCUCUCAUGGGCGCUGGUGUCAUUGUACAGGUCAUCGGCUCACGCAAGGGUCCUGCUUAUCCCAAGGGCGUUGAGAUGGGCAAUGAGAAGGCAGCCGGCGUGAUAUCAACCAACUUCACCCCCGAAUCAUGUCGCUCGCUUAUGUUCGACGCAGUUUUCUUCCCGUCUGGCGACGAGAAGUAUGUGAAGAGCCUCAAGUCUGGUCGGGUCACCCACUUUGCUCGCGAAGCCUUUGGCCAUUUCAAGGCAGUGGCCGCAGCUGGGACUGCGUGCACAUGGCUGAUGAAGACUGCUUUACUCGACAUCGAUGAUCCCACCGAGGGCAGCGUCAACACUUUCGAAUCGAAGCUCGGACUUGUCUUGUCGCCCAACCUGACUGAGCAGGACUCGUCAAUCUGGUCUACCAUCAAGGGUGUGGGCGAGUCCGCCAAUUUCGCCACUGCUUUUGUCAAUGCUAUCGCUGCGCAUCGGUGCUGGGAGCGCGAUGUCUCUUCAGUCGCAUACUGAGUGGUUGCCACUAUGCGGUUAUGACGAGUGUUGCGUGUUAAUAAUGCAAAGCGUUUGCGAAUAUGACUCAUCUCUGAUAAUCGAC